AAGCUGGUGGCUACUGCACCCUGCCAGGGGAGUGUCUGUGCAGAGAGGGCUACAGUGGAGCGGACUGCGGUGUGUGCAAUGCCUCAGUUGCCACAUGUGAUCCUCAGUGUGAAGACAGACAGCUACGACUUGUCAAUGGAACUACUGCCACAGAGGGACGAGUUGAAAUAUGUUUCAACAACACAUGGGGGACUGUGUGCAACGACUUUUGGGACAAUAGGGCCGCCAGUGUGGUCUGCAAUCAACUUGGCAUAUCACCGUCAAUUGGAGAGGCCUAUUCGGGGGCGAGAUAUGGACAGGGACAGGGACCUAUUUAUCUGGAUGAUAUUGAGUGCUUUGGAGAUGAAGAGUCGUUGCUGAAUUGUUCUCACAGAGGAAUCGGAGUUCACAACUGUUAUCACGGAGAGGAUGCUGGUGUACUCUGCAUAGUUGGUGGUAAACAGCAUGUAUCCAAGAAAUGGCUUAAAUCGCAUAAUCGGUACUUGAUAUAUUCAAAAAAGUCUGUUUUCAAAUUUCUUCUCGUGUUGAAUGUGAAUGACGACAAAACGUGUUAGGCUAUAGCUUAAGGCCACUAAUGUUACUUAGGAGACAAGACAGAGAUGACCUAGUGAACAUGAUGCAGUAGUACAAUCGAUGAUGGCUACAUACUUUCAACUGACAUCGCUUGCUCGUGAAUAAUUUCCUCCACACAAGCUCUAUAUUGUCGGCACCUUUACUGUUUGUUUAAUGAAGUGCAAG